CCUCAUUGUCGAUGAACAUAAAAAAUGAUGCACUUACUAACUUAAUACGUGUUUCUUUUGGAUGUUUAUGAUACAGGAAAUGAUUAGUGGCACUGUACUCUACUAGGUUAGGAUCUAUUUAGUAUUUAACCUAUUAGGUAUUACUAAUAGUCAAUAUGUAAUAUAGGUAAUUUAAAAACAGAACAUCGCUUUCUUAAAUCGAAUGAUUACGCAUAUGUUGGCGAAUACCGCAAUAAUACCUUAAUCUAGCACUGUGGCGUAAGGAGCGAUUGGCUCCAGGAUAAAAAUCGCAUUCUGAGUCUGAAAGACGGGCAAGGAAGCCAUAGAUGAGCCAUAGAUGCUUGUUAAAUACGGAAAUUUGAAGAAACUGAAAGAACAGCAGCUUCAUAAAAACGAAUCCCCCAUUUUCCUCACUCAUGGAUUUAGUUUAUGAUGCCGCAUUUCUAUUUCUAACACUGCGGAAAGUGUCGCAAAUUUGCGCGAAAUGGACCUGAAUUAGAGAAUGAGAUUCACAAUCGUUUUUAGCUAAGGUUUGAAAGCUCAGCAGCUCUGAAUUUGGACGAAGCAGAAGUCAGGAGACUUGCAGAAUGUGGAAGAUAGUGUUCAUUGCCCUCACUAUUGUGGCUGACAUCCAAGGAACCCAAGAAUCGUGCAUGACCGUAGCGACGGGGGCAGCAGUGACGCUCCCACUGAAUUACCCAGACUUUAAGAAGGAUGAUGAACUGAUAUGGAAGCACAACGCUACCACCAUCCUUAAGAGGAAGAAGCAAAGAUUCGUCUCAGGCCAGGAAAGCAGCAUGAUGCCAGAUGGCUCAUUGAGACUCACUGGCUUACAGUUACAUGAUUCGGGGAGCUAUCAGGUGGAAGUCUAUAACUCAGAUGGAGAACUAGUAAGGCAAUCAUCUGUGACCCUGUGUGUCAUGGAGAAGGUGUCAGAGCCUACGGUGAACUACAGAUGUGGGAUGCAAUUGAAUCUUACCUGCUACUUGGAGAAGAGGCCAGGCAGAGUGACUUUCGAGUGGACUCGCAAUAACAUCACGGUGGAGGGGGACAACGGGGAAACACUCACAGUGGACAGGAAGUUGGCAUCCGGGGAUACAUUCUCCUGCAAAGCAAGGAAUGAGGUCAGCCAAGAGAAAAGCCCCAGUGUUCCUGUUAAGUGUGGUGGCCUGGGUCCCACUAUCUCCACCUUGACUCAGCAGUCGACUCCGUCUGGUUAUGACCUUCCUACCCCUUGGCUAAAACCACUCCUCCUCUUAUCUGUCUUCUGCUGUCUCUUAAUGACAUAUUUCUAAAUUCGAUAGAAAAAAUAAUCUGUAUCUGUAGGGGGGUCUGUCAGGUAAGCAAGCCGUCCAUUUAGCUUCUGUUUUCCUCUCCUGUGCUCUUGUGUGUGGGCGGUACAGCCUGUUUCCUUUUUCCUCCACACUAAUGGCAAAAAAAGUUCUGUUUUAAUUUCAUUCUUACGUUUCUGUUCAACCCAUCUCCACUAAUAUACUUAAAUAAAAUCCAACCCUCCCGCCCCCACUUACAACUUUCUGUUCACCCUUCUGCAUGGAAUCUUCUCGCAUUAUCCAUCCAUAUUUACCGAUAAGUAAAGGGGGCCAUCGGAGGUAUUUUUGAAACCGAAAGAGAAAUUAGAGGAACAUCAAUAAUACGCUAACCAAAGCGCGGGCUGCCGUUGGUCAAGCUUGCUGAUCAGGGUGGAGGUGGGAGAGCUGUUGGUACGCAUGAGAAAGGCCUGGCUGCACGUCCACUGACAGGCCUGGCUGCACGUCCACUGACAGGCCUGGCUGCACGUCCACUGACAGACAUUGAAGUGACAGAAGCAUUUUUGUUUAUUUAGUAUGGCGGAUUUUUUGCUGUCUGCUAAGUUUUUAUCUAUAAUGUGCAACUAUUUGAAGUUAUUUUUGCAGUAAUUGUUUUAUGUUGGAUACAUGGGAAAAGUCCACCUCUAUUAAUUAAUGUUAGGGUUUUAUAUAACAGUGUAAUGAUAUGGAAUGAGUGCUUAAAGGAAGGUGUUACUUUCUAUCUGGGUAAUGCUACUGUUAUAUAAUGUCUGUUUGACUUAAAUUUCUCUGAGAAAAUGCUACAUCUUAAUGGGAAGGGUUAAGGUAAACAAGUGCUACUCGGAUGUCUGUCUUGUUCAUUGCAGUUAUCUCUGUUCUUGACACAGUACUUUAAGAACGUUUGCGAAUGCUGGCUUACUCUUGAAUGGUUGUGAUUACAGUGUUCAUGUAUAUUUUGUAUUUAAUGUAAAUAACGUAAAUUGACGUAAUGUAUCAAGUCACACACAUGUGUGUAGUAGGCCGAAACACAGCCUUGUAACAUACCUUAAGUUCAUUACAACCAUAUGGCCAUAACAGAUUUUCCCCUUCAUAUUCAUGUGGCUUUGGAUAAAAAUGUCUUCCUGUCCAAUAAAUGUAAUUUAUGUAUCUUUCAGUUAUUAA